AUGUUUUUUCCAGUCACAGCCAACAAAAACCUCAUUCUGUCUGAAGAUAACAGAAAGGUGACAUAUGUGGAAGAGUAUCAGGCAUAUCCUGAUCAUCCCGAGAGAUUUGAAAGGCAUCCUCAAGUUCUGAGUAGAGAGAGUCUGUCUGGACGCUGUUACUGGGAGGCUGAAUGGAGUGGACAGGCUGAGAUGUCAGUGGCAUAUAAAGGAAUCAGCAGGAAAGGAAAGAGUAGAGACUGUUUGCUUGGAUUCAAUAAUAACUCCUGGUGUCUGUCCUGCAUUAAUGACACAUUCUGUGUCUGGUACAAUUAUUAUGCCACUGACACAGAUGUCCCUUUAAGCUCUUUAAAUAGAGUAGCAGUGUAUGUGGAUGUGUCAGCCGGCAUUCUGUCCUUCUACAGCGUGUCUGACACUCACAAACUCACACACAUACAUACAUUCAACAACACAUUCACUGAACCUCUCUAUGCUGGAUUUGGGCUUUUAACUUACGCAUUUAACUCCACAGUGUCUUUGUGUCAGUCUGAAAACCCUGUGGGCAACAACAUAGAUGUGACAUGCACACGUGAAUGAAACAAAUACUCUCACUUUAUAUACCUUUAACAUACACAUGCAGAUAUACUAAUUUAAAUUAAAUUAUUUUUUAUCUUUGCACAAUAUCUGAUUAAAAAUUUAGAUAAUUCGUUUCUUGAACAAGGAAUCGGUAUGAUUUUACUUUCAGAUUUGCGUUGAAUAACGGCCUGAUCUUCGUGUCUUUUACAGGUUUAUUUGUCUCAAAUCUUAAAUCUAAAAACAAAAACAAAAAAACAAAGUAGUUUAUGGCACAGCCCUGUUAGUGCUGAUAGUGAUCAGGGUCGAUUGGUCAAUGUGGGGCUGAUGGGUCAAUUUGAGUAUCUCAGGUACAUAUUCACAAUGUUUAAAUAUGAGAAUCUUGAAGUACUACUAAAUUAUUAUUUUAAUGCAUUUUUUGUUCUUAUUCAGAAAAAUGCUUGUUCUGGAGUACUUAAUUCUGGGGUUGGUUUUAAAUAUUGUAAUCGGUGUGGAACAUACGGUUAGAAUGCAGUUAAGAUGCAGAUUUUUCUUAAACUCAUUCUUUCACUUGGGCUGUGUAUAUUGUAGUUAAAACAAUUGUGUUUAUUCCAGUAUCUGUGGUUUUGUUAGUGUAUGUGUGUACUUGUAAUUUUUGUCACCCACCCCUUUUUCCUUUAACCUUUUCGCUCAUACAGUUUUUUUUUUAGAAUUUUUAGAAUGACAUUUCAGUUUCCAUGGUGACACAUGGAGCUGAAAGGGGCACUUGCUGAAUGUGGCCAGGAGAAUAUAUUUUAAUUUUAUUUUUGAUAAUUUGAAGUCUUUAAAUAUGCAAACCA